UUGGGAGUGCGCCAAAAUUUUUGGCGUUUAAUUUGGCCUUCUUCGGAACGCAAAUUUUUUUGAACCUAUGUUCUAUUUUUGCAUCGCCUCAGGCGAAAAUUAUGAGAAUUUUGGAAGGUCGUAAUCGAAAAAGUGAAAUUUUUUUGAUAAUCAUUCUCACAAUUUUUGCCCCCUCACUCAUUCCUUAGCCCCUGGAUAUUCCUUAUCCCAGGCAGGGUUGUUGGGCCAGAUUACCCGAUACCAAGCCUUUUUUGAUAAGGUUUUUCGUGCCCUAGGUUUGGGUAUCGGUAACCCGAUGCAUCUGUGGUAUGCCAAUUUCGUCUUUUGCCUUUCGCCGAAUUAUUUCGUCUUUAAAAUCAGUGUUUUUUUCAGGCAAUGUGUGCAGCUGUUCACGCAGUAAACCUAAGAAAUCACCUUGGAGCAUCUUGCAGAACAAUAAGAGAAGAAAUGAACGAUGAAUCUGAUGAAUUUUUGGAAUUGUUUAGUGAAGAAAUUGUAAGGAGGUUUUUUUUAAUUUUUGUGGAUGUUUAUUGAAGGGCUCAGGCAGGGUUGUUAUUGGGUCGUUCUGUAUGUAACGUUGUUUUCUUAUUUUUUUGGGGUAGUGCGAAACUUGCGGACCGACUUUUGCG